AUGUUUGAAAUCUUUUUUGUUUUUUUAAACACCAAAUUAAUCCAAAUGUGUCUUCCUGCAUUCUUCUAG